UGUUGUUGUUGUUGUUGUUGUCACAGGGCACUGGGGUGUCUCACCGCAGCAUCUCCACCAUUUUCCUCUCGUCCUCUUCACCCUCACACACGCACACGCGCGCGCGCGCUGCUGCCCCGCCCUUUGCAGACGUGUGGAACGAUCCAUUUGUGGUAAUUUCACGCGAACAAGGCACGACAACAACUCUAAGAGGAACUCUUCGUCAUGACAAUUCGUGAUGGCGCGCUUCCGGGCCAGGAUGCAACUGAGCCCAUCUACAAGUUCCACCUCCGCGGCCAGUACUCGACCAAGAACAACCACCUUGUGGGGAUGCGGCUGGCCCAGUGGUGGAAGGUUGUGGUUGGCCACUGGCGCGACAUUGACUGGCGCCACUACUGGUUUCGUGUGCUCUUCCUCUUCAUCAUGGCAUGCGUCAACACCGUGCUGACUGGGCUUGAGUACGUGUUCCACGGCCACCGCACAAGUGACGUCGUCAUCAACAAGCGGCCCGUCUUCCUCCUGGGUCAUAAUCGCUCCGGCACGACCCUGCUGCACAACCUCUUCUCCCUCAACACAGACCAGUUUCGCGUUCCCACAACCUUCAGCGUUGGCUUCUCGGCGAUUUAUUUCCUGCUUUACCCAAUUCGACGUGUGAUGAAUUCGAUUGUGGACCCUUCCCGGCCUAUGGACAACCUUCCUCUUUCCAUGGAUGUUCCACAAGAGGAUGAGCUCGCCUACAACCAAAGCACACCACUCUUGUCUCCGUACGCCAACAACAUAUUCCCGCGCGAAGCAGAUCACUACCACAAGUAUUUUCGCAUGAUCGAUGUCCCCGCCGAAGAAAGGGCCAGGUACAUGGAAUUGUUCCGGGCAAUGGUGAAGCAGCUGAGCGUGCAUGCAGAGGGGCGGCGCCUGUGCUUCAAAUCGCCCCCGCACACAGCCAAGGUGAAGCUGUUGCUGGAAGAAUUUCCCGAUGCGCAGUUUGUCUUUAUCCACCGCAACCCAUAUCGCGUCUUCCGCUCCAUGCUCCACCUCGCAGACAACCUGUGGGGCCACUCGACUUUGCAGACAGCGAGCGAUGCGCGGCUGUUGGAGACAAUCCUGACCAUGUACGAGGUGGUGCAUGACGCGUACCUCGAAGAUCGCAAGCUCAUUCCAAAGGGAAACCUGGUGGAAAUCUCAUUUGACGAGCUGCAACGCGACAAAAUUGCAACGAUGCGCCGCAUUUACGAGUCGCUCAAGAUUGGCGGGUUUGAGAAGAGUGCUCUGCCGGCACUGGAGGCACACGUGAAGGAAAUCAAGAACUACAAGAAGAACGCCUUUGUUGGCCUGACCGACGCGCAACGUCGCAUCGUGAACACGCGAUGGGCACGCUUCUUCACAGCUUUUGGCUACAAGAUGCAGACGGAGGCAGGCGACGUACACAUCUCCAUGGCCUGAUGCGCGGGAGGGGGAAUGAAGAAAAGACAUACAGUUUGCCUCUGCUGUGUGCUGCGAGCCGUCUUUUUGUUCGUUCAGUUACAUUACACAUGAAGACUUGCUUGGCUUGUGAGUUUGCCUUCCGUUUCUUUCUUUGUUUCUUUUUCGUUAGCCUUGCCUGCACGCGUUCAGUGCUUGCAGGCUCACUCAGGUUCUUCCUUCGUUUGGUGUCCGUGUGGUGCAGGCUUGUGGUGGGCGUGGGCUUGUGUAUGCUUGCGCGAAGGCUUGUGUGGGCUGGAAGAAGGGAAGAACCAAGCCCCCCCCCCCCUCUCAACCUCAAACUCGCCCAGAAAAAAGACCUUCAAUCCGU